AACACUAGUCUUGUGUUGGACAUUCCUAAGUGAGAUUUAACACUAUUCUUCUCAUGACUGGUGCUCAUUUAUAACAGUAGGACACUUCAGAGUGAUUUCAUUUAAUGUUCUCUAGGAGCAGCAAUAAACGUGACACAUAAUCCCUUCAUCAAGUAGUUUGUUCUAGGCAAUGGUCUCAACUGAACAAGAGUAAAGAACAUCGGUAGAAGGGAAGAAUAUUCUAGAAACACCUAGAAGUGCAAUGUGUUUGUACUGGAUGGUUCUCCACAGCAGAUGUUUAUUUACGGUUUAUAAGAAGAAAGUAUGUCAAUUUCCAAACAUCUACUGGUGCUGAUGAGAGCAAACUUUAGCCACACCAUCAAGGCUUUAAGAUUAUUCCCUACCCAGUUAUCGGUAAACCCACUUCAGCACAUUUCAUUAUAUAGAAUUGAAAAUGGGUGAUACAGAAAAGGAAGUAGUGCACCUCAACCCCAGUCGGUUUGAAAUAUAUUGUGAAAAAUUUAAUAUUAAUCCCAAUUUAUUUAUGCUAAAAGUGACACUCUUCAUGAUGUACGGAGCAACUGGAUCUUUGUUGCCAUUUCUAACAAUUCACAUGCAAAGCAUAGGCCUUACGGUGGAAGAAAUUGGCGUUGUUUACUUAGCUUUGCCUUUAACAACAUUCCUGAGUCCACCAGUUACGGGUUUCCUAGUAGACAAGUUUGGCCAUUAUAAACCAGUUGUCCUCUUCUCUCUGAUUCUCAAUCUUCUGUUCCAUCACUCAUUGAUGUUGAUACCUCAGAUGGAAAUUCCUGGAGAAGUGCCUUCGGCCUACAUAAUGAGGAACCCAAAAACAGAAGAAGUUGAGGUUUGGUGGAGUCCGUGCCGCAGCCGUGAGUGUCCUGAUGAUGAAAAGCUAUCACUCGUCCUGCACGAAUGUGUGGAUCACUGCAUACAAGAGAAUUUAACUAGACAUAACGGAUUCAUAAGACACUUUCCUGGCCGACCUUGUCUCAACCACAAUCAACUACUCUGUAACAAUGGGCAUCCAAUUCCCGAUGAUGAAUUGACAUUUCAAGUUAUUGGAAAGAAACGAAAAAAUGGAACAGCGUUGAGGAAACUUCAGAGAAAUUCGUCGAGAUCUAGUAACAAGUUGCAGUUUGCAAUAUUGAAUGGGACAAAUCAGUUAGUAAAACUAGUAAAGUUAGGCAAAGAUUUAAAUAACAGCUUAGUGAAUUCAAGCUUUUUGAAACUUCCAAACGACUCAAACCAGCAAGCGAUAAACAUAUUAGUUACAAUGCACCCACUGCUAGCUGAGGCUUCUGAAAAUUUAGGACUCAGUAAACUGCCAGAUGAAGAUGAGGAGGUGACCAACUUCACACAACACUUCAGUAAGGAGUUGCUGGUGUCUGCGAGGGUGGAUUACGGAUCACUAGAGAGAGAGGAUCUACGCUGUGGAGGAGUGGUAUUGUCGUCCAAUCUAACCUCCACCUACAACACUCUCAAGGAGCUGGCUGCAGACUGUAUGGUGCAGAAGUGCAGCUUUAGUCAUGGUGGACCUGAGGUUUGUCCUCCUGACUACAAGGAGUCUGCACCUCACGUGUUCUACCUCUACUUCUUCCUGCGGUUCGUGGGAACUACCAUGCUUUCGGCUAGCGUCACUGUCAUGGACCCUAUAGCACUCACAAUGAUACAGAAAUAUGGAGGAGAAUUCGGCAGAGAAAGGCUUUCCUCUACUUUAGGAAUGGCUUUGUUCUCUCCACUCACUGGAAUCUUAAUUGAUGUAAAAAGUAAAAAGUUAGGUUACACAGAUUACUCUGCUGCAUUUUACACAUAUGACACUUUACUGCUCAUCUCCACCGUCUCACUGCUGUUGAUGCCUAUCGGAGCCAAAGUGCCGGCAGAUAACAUCAUGAGAGAUCUACUACGCCUUGUCCAGCUCCCUCAUGUUAUCAUGUUCAUCUUCUUCCUCUUUCUACUUGGGAACUGCUGGGGUUUCAUAGAGUCGUAUUUAUUUCUGUACUUAAAAGAGCUUGGAGCACAUAAUUAUCUCCUUGGAGUGACAGUGACUGUGGGUACACUGAGCAGUAUACCGUUUCUCUACGGUGCUGAGCGGAUCAGUAAGAAGAUUGGCCAUGUCAACAUCAUCGUUAUUGCUUUCUUCGCUCAUGCUGCGAGACUGAUAGGCUACUCAUUUAUAGGGAGUGCUUGGUGGUGUUUUCCAUUUGAAGCUAUUGAAGCAUUAUCGGUUCAUUUGAUGUGGGUGGCUGCAGCAACAUACUGUGCAAUCAUUGCACCAAAAAAUCUAUUGGCUACUCUCAUAGGUGUCCUGGGAAUGUCCCACUUCAGUUUAGGCCGAGGAAGUGGAAGUUUUGCUGGUGGGCUUUUAAUUGGAACUUAUGGUACAAGAGAAGCGUUUCAAAUCAUGGGUCUUCUAGGACUCAUCAGCGGAAUAAUUUACGGCUUGAUGCAUUUCUUUUGGCUUCAUAAAUAUGAUGAUGCAUACAACAGCAAAAGCUGUGAGGAAUCUACAGAUUAUGGGGAGGGAGAGAAACUUAAUGCAGAUGAACAAGAGAGAGAGGCUUCAAUGAGAGAAAAGAUUCAGAGUGCUGAAAGAUUAAGUUUAAUGAUAAGAUUCAACCAUAGGGGAUCGUUGACAUCCUUGGAUCGGGGUUCACGAUUGGAAUUGUUCAGGACAAACAGUAGUCGCCGCAACAGCACAAGCGUCGAGUUAGCCCGUGCACAUAAGGCGAAUAGCAGUCCCAAAAUCGAUUUAUUGAAGUCUACGUUAGACGUUGGACAUAAGAAUUCAAACCCUCAGUUGAACAGCAAACCCCCACCACCAGCCCCUCUACAGAGGCAUACUACAAAGGUAAACACAGAAAAUGUUGCAAUAACAUCACCACAGACAAAUCGCAAGACUGCCAUUGAGGAGUAUCGAAACCGCAGUGGGUCAAUUCCUGAAGAAGAAGAAGCUAUAAGUGAUAUUAUAAAUAAGAUGGAAGGAGUAAGUAAUGCAAGCACAACUGAAGAUGGCCAAAGAACACCAGAAAAUAAUUCAGAACGAAAAAAAUAAAUUGUUGCUGUUAAAUUUCAAAUAGUAUGUAGUUUAUUUAUAUAUAGUAGAAAGAUUUGUAUCAUACACUUGUAUAGUAAAUAUUUGUUUUAGUCUUUUAAAAUACAUAGAUAUUAUGUUUUCA